GCCUCCCCAGCCGCCGACUUCCUCCUUGAAAAUUGGUGACAAAGCUUGGAUAUUUUCCCCUCUUUCUUGUGCAAGAACAAGCUGUGGGACUUAGAACACUCCCUCUAAAGCUGGAAACUGUCGAUCUGCUCUGUUCUUCCUUCCCGUUGGCAAGCUGUUGUGGGUGUGUGGGUGUGAAAUUUUGGGUCUUUUCGAUAAGAAUUAGCCUUGAAACUCUUUAACCUUGAUUUAUGUUGGGUUCACCCUAACCUGGUUUGUUCUUCCAAUUUUGGGUUAAUUCCGUGAGUUCCCCUGUAGAAUUGCCACCGGCCUCUUCCCCCUGCCAGGUUUGGUUCUGCAGCUGGAAAAAUUUUGGUAUGAUGGCCAUUCCUCUAAGCUCGAAAUACCCACUUAAUUGCUGCUUGUUGAAGUUUAAUCCACUUAGUGCUACCCUUGUGCUGUCCAAAAAUUAUGUUGGAAGAUAGGAGAAUUUUGAUAGCUUUAAAUGGUGUUUUUAGUUUAAUUUAAGUAGAGAUUCGCUUACUUUAGUUGUUGUGAAUUUUAUAGAGAAAAAUCCAUGACUUAGCCAUUUUUGGCCAAAGCCGUGGGUCUCCAUGUUCUUGUCCGUGAGAUUGGACAAUUUUAUAAAUGUGAAUCUCGUGUUUCAAUUGGGAGGGAACAAUGACGCUUUGGUUAGGUUCUUGAUCCUUCGUUCACUUUAGCACUUGGAUCGAGUCUUCGGUUUUAUGCGAGUAAGGUAAGUAAAUUAUGGUAACGCCCUUCGAUUUCAAAACAUGUUUUAAAUUGUUUUUGAGAUUGUGGCAAGAUUUAAAUUGAUUUUAUUAGCAUCGACCAUGAUUGAUUUGAAAUGAAAUUGUUUUCAUUUG